AUGGAUUCUGAAACUCCUUUCACAGCACUAGCACCAUCUGUGUUUGAUGGUGAUAAUUAUCACAUCUGGGCAGCACGAAUGGAGGCACACCUGGAGGCAAAUGAUCUUUGGGAGGCUAUUGAGGAAGACUACGAAAUUCUUCCAUUACCAAUAAAUCCAAUUAUUGCUCAGAUUAAAACUCAAAAGGAGAAGAAAGUAAGGAAGUCAAAGGCAAGAGCUACGUUGUUAGCUGCUGUCUCACAAGAUGUUUUCACCAGAAUCAUGACAAUUAAAUCUGCAUUUGAAAUCUGGAAGUUUCUCAAGGAUGAAUAUGAAGGAGAUGAAAGGAUUAAGGGAAUGCAAGUAAUGAAUCUGGUUAGAGAAUUUGAGAUGCAAAAAAUGAAGGAGUCAGAAACAAUCAAGGAGUAUGCAAACAAGCUUCUUGGCAUUGCAAACAAGAUAAGAUUGCUAGGUACUAAAUUUUCUGAUUCAAGAAUAGUUCAGAAAAUAUUAGUAACAGUUCCUGAAAAGUUUGAGGCUUCCAUUACUACAUUGGAAAAUACUAAGGAUCUAUCAAAUAUUACCUUGGUAGAACUCCUAAGUGCUAUGCAGGCCCAAGAACAAAGGAGCAAAAUGAGAGAUGAAGUUUUGGUGGAAGGAGCACUGCAAGCCAAACUGCAGGUUAGCCAAGCAGAAAAGAAAAAAGUGAAGAAUUACAAGAAAAAUUUCAAAGGUUCAGAAGCUGCCAACACCAGUAAAGGUAAUGAAAAAAAGAAAGAGUUUCCUCCGUGUAAGCAUUGUGGCAAAAUGGGUCAUCCUCCUUUCAAAUGUUGGAGAAGACCUGAUGUUAGAUGUGAAAAAUGCAACAAACUUGGACAUCAUGUGAGAAUUUGCAAGAGCAAUUUUCAUCAGAAAAAUGAUGCUCAAGUUGCUGAUGAAGAAGAGGAGCAACUUUUUGUGGCCACUUGCUUUGCUAUUUCAAAUUCAAGUGAUAAGUGGCUUAUUGAUAGUGGUUGCACUAAUCAUAUGUCAUUUGAUCGUGAGCUCUUUAAGGAACUGGAUACAUGUGUAGCAUCCAAAGUGAAGAUUGGCAAUGGAAAACACAUUGCAGUGAAAGGAAAAGCACAGUAG